UCUCUCGUUGCUUUUGCUGGUUAUUGUUGGACCCGCUUCCACUUGAGCCCUUCUUCUUAAUGAAACUCACUCUCUUCCUCCAGGCCCCCUACUCCGCAGUCCUGAGCCCUGUCCUGUUGCGAAGUCUCUACUCAGGAAGAAGAGAAAACUGACCAGGGAGGAGCCACAAGCUGCACAUGCCACAGUUUAACUAGUUUUGGGAUUUGGGGCACAUAGGAGACCUUCUUGGGGAACCUCAGUUUUCUGUGCAACGGGAGAGCAGCAGCAUGGCCAGCGUGCUGUCCCGGCGCCUUGGGAAGCGGUCCCUCCUGGGAGCCCGGGUGUUGGGACCCAGUGCCUCCGAUGGGGCGUCAGGGCCUGUCCCACCCUCAGAGCCCCUGCUGGAGGGGGCUGCACCCCAGCCUUUCUUGGCCUCUGAGGACACUGCCUGCCAGGAGCAGCCCAGGGAGGUUCUCAAGGCUCCCUGCACCUCAGGCCUUCACCAGAUGGCUUUUCAGCCUGGGCAGAAGGUUUAUGUGUGGUACUUGGGCCAGGAGUGCCCAGGUCUGGUGGAGCAGCACAGCUGGGCAGAGGACCAGGUGACCGUUUGGCUGUUGGACCAGAAGUUACAGAUCUGCUGCAAAGCAGAGGAAGUGUGGCUGGCGGAGCUGCAGGGCCCCAAUCCCCAGGUGCCAGCGCCAGAGAACGGAGAGCAGGCCCCGGCCUAUAGGCCUGUCUCCAGGAACAUCGACGUCCCAAAGAGGAAGUCCGAUGCCGUGGAAAUGGAUGAGAUGAUGGCAGCCAUGGUGCUAACAUCCCUGUCCUGUAGCCCUGUUGUGCAGAGCCCUCCUGGGGCCGAGGUCAACUUCUCUGCUUCCCGCGCAGCCUGCGACCCGUGGAAGGAGAGCGGCGACGUGUCGGACAGUGGCAGCAGCACCACCAGCGGGCACUGGAGCGGGAGCAGCGGCAUCUCCACCCCCUCGCCUCCCCACCCCCAGGCCAGCCCCAAGUAUUUGGGGGAUGCCUUUGGUUCUCCCCAAACUGAUCAUGGCUUUGAGACCGAUCCUGACCCUUUCCUGUUGGAUGAACCAGCUCCACGAAAAAGAAAGAACUCGGUGAAGGUGAUGUACAAGUGCCUGUGGCCCAGCUGUGGCAAAGUUCUGCGUUCCAUCGUGGGCAUCAAGCGACACGUCAAGGCCCUCCACCUGGGGGACACUGUGGACUCUGACCAGUUUAAGCGGGAGGAGGAUUUCUACUACACAGAGGUGCAGAUGAAGGAAGAACCCGCUGCUGCUGCUGCUGCUGCUGCUGCUGCUCUGGGCGCCCCCGCCCCUGGGACUCCUGCUACGGAAGCAGCUCCCACCCCCAGCGUGACCAGCCCGCCCCUUGCUGCUCUCCCUCCGCCGCCCAAAGCCCAGACUUCCGGCCCAGAACACCCUGGCCCAGAGUCCUCCCUGCCCUCUGGGGCUCUCAGCAAGUCGGCUCCAGGGUCCUUCUGGCACAUUCAGGCUGACCACGCAUACCAGGCACUGCCCUCUUUCCAGAUCCCUGUCUCUCCGCACAUCUACACCAGUGUCAGUUGGGCUGCUGCCCCUUCCACUGCCUGCUCCCUCUCACCGGUCCGGAGCCGGUCUCUGAGCUUCAGUGAGCCCCAGCAGCUGCCACCUGCAGUGAAAUCUCAUCUGAUCGUCACUUCUCCACCCCGGGCCCCAAGCAGUGCCAGGAAAGCUCGAGGGGAGGCUAAGAAGUGCCGCAAGGUGUACGGCAUCGAGCACCGGGACCAGUGGUGCACAGCCUGCCGCUGGAAGAAGGCUUGCCAGCGCUUCCUGGACUGACCUGCCAGCUGCCUCUGCUCCCUGUGCCUGGCCCAACCGGCUGCCAGCUGACAAUAGGUGUCACCAGCCCUCAGAGGAAACGGAAAAGAGAAAAGUGGAGAUGCAGAGUUUGGGCUCUAUUGGCUAAGGUGUAACACUUAAAGCAUUUUUUCCCCCUUUGUGGGAACAUUUUAUUUUUUAAAAAAAGAAACUCGAAAUAUUUUUGUCCCCCCCCAAAUAGGAGAGAGCCAAAACUGACCGAGGGUAUUCAGCAGCGAACCGGACAGAGACCAAAGAAUUAAUUUCCCUCCCUUUCCUGCGUAUCCUCUCUCUAGGGGAUUCAGUGUACAUAUCAGAAGGAGGAACAGCUCGUUCUGUUUCCUGCUGAGUUGAUGAAUUCUUUGCUUUCUCAACUCUUUCCAGAAAGGACUGUGAGCAAGAUGAAUUUACUUUUCUUUUAAAAAAAAUUUUUUUUUUUUUCCCUGGCUGAUGGGUGACAGUGCGCAGGACUGCGUGGAUGGGGCGAGAGUGGUGCCCGAGCUUUCCAGGGCGUGCCGCCUCUUCCCGCCCAGGCAGCUAAGGUAAGGUAAGGUAAAGAAAACCCUUUCUCAGCAACAGCUGCGGUUUGAAUCUGGGUGCCCCCAGACACUUUGGGAUGUGGCUUCUUCUCAAAGCCCAGACUAACAGAUUUUUAAAGACUAUCCCCAAAUUGCUGAGCCAAAAGGCUAACAAGAAUUCACUUUUUGAAACCUGGCAGUUAAACACUACCUUGACCAUUCUCUCCUCUUUCCUCGAGGAGUUCUAGAGGGUUUCAGUGUCUUUGGAAACUCUCUGCUCUUUACCUGAACAAACUCCCCCAUGUCUGCCUCUUCCUUCCAGUUAAGGACGCUUCUGAAACGCUUCCUUUCCUUUUAGGGUGGAUUCGGAAGCCUUUACUGAUUAAAGUUUUGUUUGGGUGGCCAGAGGGGACCUCAGCAGUGGGUUCCUUUUUUGUCUCCCUGGGACAAAAGCUUUACCAGGGAUUUCCCCAUUUCCCUUUUCUGCCUGGAGGGUAGGAUGGGAAAGGCCAAAGAGAGUCCCUCACGGGGGUGAGAUUCAGGCUGAGGAAAUCGCGGAGGAAGAUGGGUUGGACGAGCGAGACUGGGCUGCAGAGUGAGCACAGCUGUUGAGGAGGAGGGAGGUUUGGGGAGUUCUGUGCCAUGCCAGCUGUGACACAGACUGGGAGGGGCCUCAGCCCCCAGCCAGGACACGUGCUUGUUCUGGGGGUUCCCCUUUCUUCUGAGCAUUCCUCAGAGGCUGCUCGAGCGUGACCACCUGGUGCCUAGCUGUCUUGGGGACAAGUCCUGGCCCUGCGUCCCGGAUGUCAGGGGCUCAGGGAUGCCCAACAAGUCACCUCUCCUAGUACUGAGUGGCAGCGUCCACCCCUAGAUGGCCAUCAAGGCUGUCCUCUCGGUCCUGGGUGAAGACACUUGGCCACCGAGGCUGUGUUGGAUGCUUCCGAGGGACACGGAAAUGUGCUUUUCAAUCUGAGACUCACUGAGUGUUACAAAAGUGGAUGUAACCAACACCGGGGGCAUGGUGUUCUGAAGGGUAUGGUGGCCUGUGUUGGUGACAGAAAGGACAGACACCUGCACACAGGUGUCUCUGGUGGUGAUAGUGUAUGUUUUUAUAACUUAGUAAAAAAAUAUGUAUAUGGAAUUCUGUCUCUUGUCGAAGUGGGCUAGCCCACGGCGGCCUGAGCUCCUCUUCCUGUUCCUCCCACCUCCUUGAGAACAGAGAGCCAGCGGCCCCUCGUGGCUCUUUCUGCCUCUCCUUAGAGCCUGUCGGUGAAGAGUGGGACCUUCUUGACCCAUGGACACCCAGCCCCUGGGGGUCUUCUGUUCCUUCUUCACCAGAGCUCUUGCAGAGUCUCCGCUUUAGAGAACCUGUUCUAAUCUCCCCCCUCUGUCGGGGCCAUGGAGACAUAACUGGAUAUAUAGACUUUUCUCCUUGGGAGGUGGGCUUCUCACGCCCCUGGUACACAGAGGAGGAAAAGAAGAGAGAAGAGGAGGAUGGAACAGUUUGGAAGCUGGGCUGGCUUUGUUCUUGUUCUCGGUCUUUGGUUUGGGUUCAGCCUUCCCUGCCCCUUGGCUCCAUCUCCUUUUCGGGGGUGGCGGCUCCCACUGCCCUCCCUCCACCGGCUCCCGUCUUGUUGCUGUCGUGUUGGUUCUUAGCACGUGCUCUGUCCUUGGGGUUGCUCCAUUUGUUUCUUCUCGGAGGGUGGGGGUGGUUUGUGCAUCGACCCAGCGGUCACGCCUGUUUUCUUCAUCUCUGUAUCUCCCUCCUUCCCAGCCCGCCCGGGCAGCAGAAUCUGCUGGAGAGAAGACGCCACAGAUGUGCUUUUGAAACUAACAGGACCGAUUUUCAAAGCAGUUAUCUUGGGAAACUGUUCAUCCCAGGCAUGUUACUUUCAUCCAGAAUAUUUCUCGGGAUUUAGCUUCAGAUUCUGUGGUGCUGUGUUCUGAGCGGCUUUAACGAUGCCAAGUCUGCUCCGUUAGUGCGGAGAGUGUCCAGCCAAUGGUGUCUGUGGUCAAGUGAGAUCUCAGGUUGCAAAGCAAAAGGACUAUCAAAGUAAAAAAUAGCUGGGAUUUAAUUAUGUGACUUUUAAAGUGGCUCUGAGAGCAUUUUUGUAAUUUCAGGGAGUGUUUUCAGCACUGGUCACGUUGCCGUAGUAAGUCUGUAGCUGGACUCCUUGGAGCACAAUAUUAAUUUGGAGGUGGAGACUCUGAUUUGUUGGGAGAAAUCUGUCCUGUUACUUUCAUCCCAGGUUCUGCCUUUGACCAAGGGCAAAAAAAAAAAAAAAAAAAAAAAAAAAAAAAGAGAAGAGGGAGAUAAAUCCCAUCUGUGAAUUUGUCUUAUUGGCGCCUUUGCCCCCAGCUGUCUUCCAAGUAUUAUUUUUACUGUUAAAAAUUUUUUUAAAAAAAUGUGAAAUGUAAUGUUUUUACAGCAACAAUAUGAAAUAUAUUUUAUAAGGAA